GCUCACCCAGCAGGAAGAGAGAGGUCCUGGGGACCCACCUUGCCUGGCUCUGUCCCCUCUGGCAGGCCAGCUCCCAGCCUUGAGAAUAUGUCCUGGAAGGAGGAGGAGUGUGUGAGUCCCCCCUCGUGUUUCAUCCAGCGCCUGGACCACCUUGUGCUGACUGUGAAGAGCAUCGAGGACACUGUGGCCUUUUAUUCCAAAGUCCUGGGCAUGGAGGUGGUGACUUUCAAGGGAGAUCGCAAAGCUUUACGUUUUGGCAACCAGAAGUUUAAUCUGCACGAGGUUGGGAAGGAGUUUGAACCCAAGGCUCGGUGCCCAGUCCCUGGCUCUGCAGAUCUCUGCCUUGUCACACAGGUGCCCCUGGAGCAGCUGCUGGAUCAUCUGAAGGCCUGUGGGGUUGCUGUUGAAGAAGGUCCCGUGGCCAGAACUGGUGCUGUGGGUCCAAUAACAUCCAUCUACUUCCGAGACCCCGAUGAGAACCUGAUUGAGGUUUCCAAGUACUGCAGCCAAUGAAGGGGAACUCUGAGCACAGCCCAGCCUCUGCCUGUGUCCCAGCAGGAGACAGGAUGCAGAGCCCAGCCUUUGGAUGGCCAGCUCCAAGCUUCUCCUUUGUAAACCUAGAACAAGUCUCAAAUCCCAGCCAUAAAAGUAGGGCUGUGUGGACACUGAGAGUUUUCCCAAGGCAGAGUUUUCCUGCUCAGCUCCCACUCCUGGGCAUUUUUCCUAAUGUCUGGCAGCUGAAGCCCCUCAUUCUACAGAAAAGAACCUGCCAUUCCUCCUCUCUUCAUGGUCACUUUGACACAAGUGAAGAUUUCUGUCUCCCUUCCUCUCAACUCCUGCUGGUCUUGUCUCAGGCCUGUGGUUCAAAUCCAGCUGUGAGUGUCCGAACACGCUUCUUGUCUGGGCACUGGGAACUUGGCCUCAGUGUCUGACACUCAAACACUCCUGGAAAUGAAGCCCCAUCCUCCUACUCAGCUCUGCAUCAAAAGCCACAGGGCUCCUGACUCCAGGGGUGGGAAAAAGCAGAGGUGAGGUGGCAACAUGAUGGGGAGAGAGUCCAAAGUCCUGGAUUUAUGCAGGGAUGAGGAGGGUGGUCCACUCUGACUCUGACAGAUGGCACUUGUGGGACCGCCCUAAGUUUUCUGCUUUCUUUAGUUGUUUUAAAAAAAGGAAUUUCACAGUUAUUUCAAAAGCAGAAAACAAGGCAGGAGGACCUGGGGCUUCUCAAGGAGAGCAGUUCCCCAGCUGGCCACACUGAG